AUGCCUUGCCCCCUUCCCCGACGAUAUGCUCAACGUCGAGCCCUCCGUCAUGAUAAAUAUGGACCAUCCACCUUAGUUUUGCAAAACAAGAAAGAACAAUCACGAAUACAUGAACCGCGGAUUAUAAGGAAGAAGAAAGUAAAUACAUGGCGAAGAUCAUCUUCCAUUACUGUUGAUGAGUCUGGUUCCGUCUCUGAUUCCGGUUUCGAUCAAGAUUCAAGCUGUAACUCUCAGUCUGAUCAGGGAUCUGGUACUGAUGCUGAAGCUAGUUAUUAUCAGCAGAUGAUGAACGAGUUCGAAGCAGAGGGGGUUACAUUAUCAAAUCCUAGUGAUGAGACUAAAGCUAUGAUGGAAGCAGAAUUGGAAAGAUGGGAGCAGUUUUGUAAAGUCUCGAAGAUUGAUGAACCAUCAACGGCUAUCAAAACUUGCAAAGCGGCUAUUUUCAAAGCUUACCUCUUCUGGCGGGUGAAGAACUCACGAAUCAAAAAGGAGUCUUCUAUUAUCACAUGUUGGAAGGUUCUUAGUAUGGUAUAUGCACGACUAGCAGAACGUUAUAUGGAUGAAGGUAUUCUUUAUGAUAUUCGUAAUUGGAUCCCGCAGAACUUGACUAUUAAGUUUGGACUCGACGAUUCCGAAAAGGAAAAGUCGGGACUUUUUGUCGAAGAUUUAUGCACUCUUCAAAAUGGUCAUUGGGUUCGCGAUACUGAGGUGUAUGCUCAUGAACGCCUCCGGGUACAAAUGUCCCCCUUUCUGAAUCUUGCUGGUUGUACUGCCACUAGGCCAAAAGCUCUUGUUGGGCUUUUAUAUGAAGAUAUCGAAUUCCAACUAUUUCCUCCUUUGAUCAAAGGCCAGCCACCAAUUGUUGUAAUGAAGCUUAACCUUAAGCGGAUCAAACGGUCAGGUGGGAAGAAGAAACAGAAGAUAUUUGCAUUUUAUGAAGCUGAAGAUUUAGCAUGUUGCGGAGUAACUUUUAUGUUAGCUUUAGCGCUUGCUGAUAAUGCAUUUGAAAGCAAGUUCAAAUCUCUCGGGGAUAUUUAUACUUUGAUUGUACCACCUGAUACAGAUCGUAUCCGUUUGCAAUGGGACAACAAAUGGGCUGAGCGGCCUGUCUUCCGGGACGUGGAUAGUACUGCUAAUGGUAUUCGCAUUUCAAAGACUAAGUGUUUACAAUAUUCGAAACAUCGACACUAUCUCAUCCGUCUUGGUAGAACCUGCGGGUAUGAGAAGAGACUAGAAUUCUAUGAUUUGCGACGAGCUUCAGGGAAAAGAUUGAAUGAGUCUGUUACACCAGAAGAACGCCGGCAGAUCAUGGGCCACCGGGGAGAUGUUUAUGAACGAUAUUACAUGCCGGCAUUCAUUGAUACUGAUUGUCAAGCUAUUUACCUUGGAUCCACACGACGGGAAGAUCUGAUUCGAGCUGUUGGCCGACUAUCUCGUCACGAGCGGGCCCCUUCAAACUUGACAGAUAUACAGAAGUUUGAGAUUAGCCAAGAUCCCGAUAUUCUUCAACUUAUUCAAAAGCGUGAAGAGUCUGUUCAGAACAUCAAAGCACGUGGUUACUCCACUAUUAAAGCAGCUGCGAAAACGAGAUGGUAUGAAAAACAUCAAGAAAUACAAGCCGAAAUCAACAAUUUGAGGAGUCAAAAGAGCAAACAAUUAUUGGAUAAGACUAUCAAGGAGUUUCACAAGACUGUUCAUACUAUCGAGGUCGAUCGACAACUGCAAGGAAUUCUUCCUGCCGAUAUCCUUACCCCUUCAACAAUUGAGUACGAGCUCGAGGAGCGAGCUACCAUCGCCAGGAUGCUCUUCGAACCACUUACAGGCCUAACAGAAAAUCAGAUCAUUCAAAAGCGGAUCGAGCUUGUUCAAAACUUAAUCCAACUUUGCAAACGCCAAGAAUCCCCUCACCAAUAUCAAGCAGCGAGGUCCAAAGGACGGUCUCGAAACCAUAUCACCAACUCCCAAACCGUAUCAGAAGAUACAGAUUCUAAUCUUGUUACGAUAUCCCUAAUUCUUGAUGCAACAACAAGACCUGACCAACUUUCUAAGGUCUCUAAAUUAUUUUGUGCCUUCUGCAGAUGGAAUGAUAAUGAAGUAGGGCCAAAAAAACGAGAGCACAAAUACCUUCGUAUUGAUAGUCUUAGUCGGCAUAUCAAAACUCAGCACCUUCAAUCUCGUACUACUGGUGAAGGAUUUCACUGUCCCUAUCAAGAAUGUUCAGCAUUUUUAGGCAGCGCUAUGCAUUUCCUUAAUCAUACAGCACGGCAACAUGGAUUAUCUCUUUGA